AUGAGGCUGCUCUUCCCCAUCUUCGCGGUACUAGCGCUCUUGGCACUCCAUGUCCUCGCCAAGGACUACUACAAGGUGCUAGGCCUCGACAAAACCUGCAACGACAAGCAGAUCAAGUCGGCCUACAAGAAGUUGUCGCUCAAGUACCAUCCAGAUAAGAAUCCAAAUGACGACGAGGCUCACGACAAGUUCUUGGAGGUGGGCGAGGCUUACGAGGUGUUGAGCAAUCCCGAAAAGAGGAGCAACUACGACCAGUUUGGUGACCCUGAAGGGCGCAAACAGCAGGACUUUGGUUUUGGUGACAUGUUCAACCAGUUCUUUGGAGGACACGCUGGACACGGCCACGGCGGCCAGCGCCGAGGCGACAGCACCCAAGUCAACGUACACAUUCCGUUGAAAGACUUCUACAACGGACAUUUGUUGGAGUUUGACGUGGAAAUGACCAACUUGUGUGAGACGUGUCACGGCACAGGCUCCGAAGACAAGGAGACGCACCAAUGUGACAGGUGUCACGGGUCAGGUCAGAUCACGGUGCAGCGUCAAUUAGCACCAGGAAUGGUCCAGCAGAUCCGCAUGGCGUGUGACGCGUGUGGAGGACGUGGUAACAAGAUCCUGCAUCCUUGCAAGCACUGUAACGGCCAGGGAAGCCACCAAGGGCCUAGACACUACGACGUGUACAUUAAGCCAGGCACUGCCAGAGACUCCAACGUCGUUUUGGAGGGCGAAGGCGAAAGACAUCCAGGAAUAGUGCCAGGAGACUUGAUCGUGAACUUCCGUGAAGAGUUCUCCAAGGGAUGGGGUUAUCGUCGUGUUAACGAGCAUUUGUACAGGACAGAGGUAGUGACGUUGAACGAGUCGCUUUUCGGAGGCUGGGAGAGGCGGAUCCGUCAUCUCAGCGACGAGGAAGGCGAGGAAGAAGUGGUGCUUAGAAGAGACCCUGGCCAGAUGGUGAUAAAUGGCGAGAUAGAAGUGUUGGAAGGCAAGGGAAUGCCUCGCGAGGGGAACGAGAACAGGGACAACGACGAGUUCGGCAACCUUUACAUCGAGUAUCGGGUGUUGGUGCCGGGAGGGAAGAAAAUGGAGAAGGGGAGGGAGUACGACGAGCUAUAG